ACUGCCACAAAUCUCAAUCCACUCCAGCUUAAUUUCCUUCGAUGGGUCUCGGUAGUAAUGCUAUGCUUGUAUUUGUCCUCCUAGCAGCCUCUCUGGUGGCAAGUAAUGGCAAUACUGGUCAGGGUAGAACAAUUAUUGUUGGAGGCUCUCAAGGGUGGCGUUCUGGCGUCAACUACACUGAUUGGGCUAUCCGUAACAGCCCCUUCUACAUAAAUGACAAACUUGUUUUCAAGUAUGGUCCACCAAGUGGCAGGAACCCUCCACAUAGUGUCUACUCACUGCCGAGCUUAUGGAACUAUGGCAGGUGUGACUUCACGGGAGCAAGGCUUUUGGCGAACCCGAAACAAGGAAAGGGGGUGGGUUUUACAUAUGUGGUGGAUCAAUGGAAAGUUCACUACUUUGCCUCUGGUGAGGACAAUGGAAGGAAUUGCAAGGAUGAGUUGAUGAGGUUUUUCGUGGUGCCAUGGCCUCGUCCCAGCGAAUGAUCGAUCGAUUAUGCACUAUUACUCGGUUUUAUCAUCAGUUGAUUGUAAUGUUCAAAAGAGGGGUUCAUCUUCUCUUUGUUGUGUGUUUCUUUGGUUUCUUUUAUCGUGAUGCUGGAACUGCAUUAGUUACUUAAAAGUGCCGGAGAGAGAAUUGUAUUGUAAUACAGAAUAAACUUGCUUGCUUUUGUGUGGAAAUAUAAUGUUCACCGUGUUGGAAUAUGAUAUAAAGAAUAUGAAAAUGGUUCAACUUUGUUGGGA